GGGAGGUUUUCCUUCUGACAGCACGGUCGACCGGAGAGUGCACUAGGAUCCACUCGGCAGUGAAAUAAAAAAACGACACGAUAAUCAUUACCUUGGGCAUGGCACAAGUUGUGAAAAAGUCGAAAUUUCCUAAAGUUAUCCUCCUACACAUUAAUUCCUUAGCGAAUUUCAAUCUGUAAACAUCAACUUCUGUGAGAUUAAAUCGAAAUUCAGCAGAAUCGUGUCAUGUGAGAACAAAAAGUAAAAUCCUAUUUCGGAAAAGUGAAAAAUUCCUCGCGAGUUAGCUAGAAUUGUAUAUCAUAUGUUAUAUUUCGUAGAGAAUAAAGUUCGGAAUAUAAUUUAACAUUAAUUCAUGAGUCUAAACCUAUGUUAAGCCGUCCAAUUGCGGAAAGGUAGAAGAAAUAAAUAUAAGUGGCGAACAUCGAAAAUAUUCUUCUUGUACUAGACAAAUUUCCGUCUUCCUUAUUUUGUCCUGCUGUACAAAUCAAAUCGAGUCGUAAAGGUCCUUGACUUAGUUGUGCAUCGUGCUAAUUUUCUAUUCGGAAGAAAGAAAUGCAAUUAUUUACGAAGGACUACUGCCAACAAUAGCAAAAGCAGACAGUUUCAAUGUAAGCAAAUGAGUGAAAUGAUCUGUCGCAUUUAAAGAAGUGAGCGGCAUUGCUGCGGGCGGUUGACAAAAGAGGUGUGUUUGUUGUGGGGGAAAAAAUCGAUUUUUCCUUUCUGUUGUUACUGUCACCUUGGGGAUCAGAUUUAGGUGAUGUUAGCUCUGAGUGUUUACCAGCAACUGUUUCAUCGAGCGAGCGGAUAAGUUGGUCCGAUUGGAAGUGGGACCCAUUUUAGCUUCACUUCUACUCGUAUUUAAAUGCAGUUACGAUUUGCCCCAUGUGCAAGAAAAUCCAUCAACACUAGCCAUGAUGUGGGAUGAUUGUUUUGUAUAAAUGGCGCAAACUUCCACUCAAACAUGUAUGCAAAUUGAAAAGUAAAGGCCUGUCGCCUGGUUUGUACGGUUAACGCGAGAAGGUAUUUAUGUGUGAGUGUUGCAUAGUGAAAGGCGUAGACAAAGGACAAUGAGUGUAAAGUAAAUAAGCAUUGAAAGUCUAGUGGAAAAGCUUCUUAUUUGCAAUCAGCUUCCUUUCGUAUCCAGUGGUUACGAUGUUAUAAUUUCAACUGAUACAAAGGUUGUCUUCAUGACAAGAGACAGAUUUUCAAAACUUUCAAGUGCUUCCCUUGCUAUUCACUGUAUGGCCUCAGGCCGUUGGCCCCAGUACACUUUAGGAAAAAUGGAAAGUUGUUGUAAAAGCAUGCUAAGAGAAGCAUUGAGACACUGAAGAAAACAAGUGUUGCUUUAUACCGAAGGGAGUUCUACUGUGUGCCCAGCGAGAAAGUAAAAAAAAAGAUGCACUACCGCCAGGAAGAAGGAAGGCACUUGCUCCGGAACGCCAGUUCCAGCGCUUCCGUGGAUGCCAAGUAUGGUCAUACGAUUGCUUGGCCAUUUUUAAUACAGAAUGCCAUGGAAAAUCCUCUUUGUACUGCCACUACUCCGAUUAGCUCGACGCCUUCUGUACUACUUUGGACAACGAUAGCAGUGUUUGGGAUCGUGUAUACUUUACUAGGAUAUCGAUGUCUGCGGGCAAUAGGAUUCCUAACAGGACUCGCGGCCGGUGCCGGAUGCAUUGUACUGCUACAGACUAGAAAUAUCACAGAGUUCGGAAAUCUGGCUGCGCCUGCACUUGCUGUCAUAGCUGGUUUGGUUGGUGCCAUCCUGGGUUCGACUCAUCCAAUCUCAUCGACACUGAUCGGAGCCUCAGCUGGUGCGUUGGUAGCCGGCGCGAUAAUUGCAGCCUGUAUUGCCACACUACCUCAUUAUAUCUUUGGAGAAAAUGAGCUAUUCGUUUCAGUCGUGGGUGGAGCAAUCAUCUGUUCAAUUAUCUCACUUUUCUCACCAAAGCUGAUGUCCAUCAUCGCUUCCAGUGUUUUGGGAUCGGCUAUGAUCCUAUCUUCCAUUGACUUUUUCAUGCAUGGACUUAACACAUUAGACUGGAUUUUUAACAUCAAACCAGAUCCGAUACCUCCACCUUGCUGGGGCGGAGUUAUACUCUGUUGUUGGCCUAUUACGGCAGUGUUAGGAGUGCUGGUACAAAGCUUCGUCACUGCCUGGAAAAUCGAUCACCGAAGACAAAUGAUGCAGCGAAGAAGACGCCACUAUAAGGGCCGUCAAGGAUCGCGAACUCGAGAAACACGGGAAGAAGCUCGGCAGCGGAAGUAUCGCUAUCUGUACCAAGUUCGGACCGCCCGAGGGGACAUCAUUUCACAAAACUUUGUAUCCGCCCUGCAGAAGCACGUAACGCCCGACUCGGGUCCUCCAUCGGAGGUGUCCACGAAGCUGGGAUCCAACGAUCGCAAUACGGUCCGCAGCGAUCGAACGCACAUGACGAAUCUGCCCGACUCCGACAUUGACAAGCGGGAUUUGAGCUACGAGAAACGUUCACAUUCAGCCAAAUAGCACUACUAUCCCAACAAAUAUAAUCAUAGUUACGAGCAGAAGCAUGAACGCACUUGUUACUAGUCCAGAAGCCAAGAUUAGAGAGUAGGUGAAAGUGCGAAGCACGGUAUAGGUUUGUACAGAUCGGACAGGGAAACAGCUGUUUUUAUACGAAAACAACCGAAAGGGGAGAUUGAUUAUCCAGUAACGUUCUAGGGACGGAAAUUUCAAAUGCUGAUGCAAAAGUAUCAAUACUGUGGAUGAGCGGCAUUUGAAAGUAUAAAGUAAUGAUUUUAAACAUGCAUUGUAUCAAAAUACGAAUACUAACUCAAUAACUGAAUCAAAUUCAAUACUAUAUAAAGAUACUUAAGAUUUAAACGCUACACUUAUUUCGGAUUAUCUGAAGUAAAACUAAUCAUUAACCCUGGUUACAUUUAAAGUUAAGGUCAUUGCAGUUACCAGAGAAACAGCUACCAAAGCACAGAAAAAGGCAUAGCGCAAAUGUGACAAAUGUGAUUAUUUUCUCGGAGUAAAACCAUAUACCAACUGCUAAAAGAUGCAUUUAUGAAAAACGUAAAGUCAUAGUUCAAAAGAGUUGUUUUUAAUUAAGAAACAAAAUAGAAGCAGGUAUACAUAAGUAAAACAAAAAACGUUAUUUUGAAAAUUGUAAUUUGAAAUAGAUAACCAGUAAACGGACGGACAUGUUUAAAGCGCAAAACUAUUACGACAUAACGCUCCGGCAGAGUGAUUACCUUCGGGUUAAAGUGACACAGGUGCUAGUACUUCGAAACUCAAACAUUCGUAGAAGCUUACUCAGGUUAGACCGAAGUGAGUAAAUUCAAAAAUUAUAUUUUUGAUAUGUUGAAUCUUUACCCCAUCUUUGAAUAAUUUGUUACUUUACUUGUUUAUCAUAUUUUCGUCCUUCUCGUCUCAUUAUGUUGCUUUUACAAAAUUUUUGUUGCCUAAACCAGAGUUACAUUUUAAUAAAAUGUUUUGAAUAUUUGGCGGGGGUCUAAUAAGUUAGAAUGAAUGAAAAAAGCUAAAAGUAAACAAAUGAUAAAGCGGAGCGUUGAAUUGGGAUCAGUUGCAAAUACAUUUUUUGUGUAACAUCAUUAAGAUAGCUCUAUGUUUCAAAUGAUUAUUGUGAUGUUUUGCUAAGUGGCGUAUAUCACCAAAUUCCACCUAUAGGUAAAUUCUAAGGUACAGUAACUCUAUUAUUGGUAUAACCAUUCUGCCAUGAGAUAUUACAUGUAGUGAUGAAAUGCAAUAGCUGGGUUAUUAGUUUUGGAAUGUUCAAAAAUCCAUGUUGUGUGCAAUGGUGGGACUCCGAGUAUUGAUGAAAAUAGGAUUAUAUUCCAGACAAGAAAGCUAUAAUAAUUAAAUUCGAUGUUCUAGGUUAAUGAAAAGCUCAAAAUAUAUAAGACGUAUUUUGGAAUUA